AUGGGUUGGUACGAGUACGACUCGGAGACGGGUUACGACUACCAUGAGCCUUCGUGGUUCUACGCGGUGGCGGUGGGGCGUACUACCGGUAUCUUCACCAGCCACGGGGAGGCCGCAGCGCAGGUCCACGGCUAUCCGAGCUUCCGAAUGCGCAAGUUCAGCGACUACGAAGACGCCCGCGACUUUUUGGAGGAGUUUGACAUUUUCUGCGAGAGUCUGACGGAGGACGGCAGUCAAGAACGAGACCGAGAAGAAGAAGGUCCGGAAGGAGGAGAAGAUGGAGAUGGCGACAGCUGGUUCUACGCGGUGGCGGUGGGGCGCUCUACGGGGAUUUUUCUGGACUUUGAGGACGCCAGAGACCAAAUUUAUGGGUACCCGCGAUCCAGGAUGGAAAAGUUUCUGGACUACGAUGAAGCAGAGGGGUAUAUUGAGAAGAACCAGCUUUUAUACGAAGAAGAGGAGGAGAAAGAAGAAGAUGAAGACGAGAUGAAGGUGCCAGCAGUUUGGUUUUAUGCGGUGGCGGUGGGGCGCUCGACGGGGGUCUACAUGAACCAUCAGGAGGCGAUGGAGCAGGUGCACGGGUAUUCGGGCUUCCGGAUGAAGAAGUUCCGGGAUUUUGGUGAGGCAGAAGAGUACAUUGCGUUCAAUCAAGUGUAUUCCAGUGAUGAAGAGGACGAAAGUGAAGCAGAAGCAGAAGUGGAGGAGGAGAUCUGGUACUAUGCCGUCGCGGUCGGGCGCACAACUGGGGUGUAUACGGACUGGCAGGAGGCGAUGGAGCAGGUGCGCGGCUACUCUGGCUUCCGGAUGAAGAAGUUCUUGGACUACAGUGAAGCACAACAGUACAUCGGGGAGAAUCGUCUGUACUACGAGGAGGAUGAAGAGGAGAAGAGCGAUGAUGAAGAAGAAGUGGAGCAGGAGGAAGUUUGGUAUUAUGCUGUAGCUGUCGGUCGGCGCAUUGGGGUUUAUACCAACCGCGGCGACGCACUGGACCAGGUGUAUGAAUACUCAGGAUUUCGGAUGAAAAAGUUCCUCGACUAUAAUGAAGCCUUGGGCGAGGAGUGGGAAGAGAGCGAAGAGGAGCAAGUUAUGGAGAAGGAGGAGUGGUUCUACGCGGUCGCGGUUGGGCGCAACACGGGCAUCUAUACGAACAACGAAGAAGCGAUCGAGCAAGUGCACGGCUAUCCUGGUUUCCGAAUGAAGAAGUUCCUCGACUACGAUGAGGCGGAGGAAGUGGGGAGCGAGAGUGAGCCGGAAGAGGAGUUCGAGACCUGGUAUUACGCCGUGACAGUCGGACGCGACAUAGGGGUGUACACGGACUGGCAAGUCGCUAGGGACCAAGUCUACGGUUACUCGGGCUUCCGCAUGAAGAAGUUCUUGGAUCUUAGUGAAGCAUGGGAGUACGUCAGGUACAACAAAGGCUACUAA